CCCACGAACAGGUCUACCAGUCGUUCCCUUACUUGUUCAUCCCCAAUUUGAAGUAAAAAUGUAAAGGUGCGCAUCCUUUGAAGCUCACCUAAAGGCUGUUGCAGUGGUUGUUUUUAUUCCAACAUGUGUAUCUAAAACCAAUAUUUAGCAUUCCCUUUGCCAGCCCAUUUGUUGUUUGUCAUCAGAUGCCGUCUAUAAUUAAUUGAUGAAAUUUGAGUGAUUUAGGUGUUAGAUAUUUGAACGACAUAACCGAUAAGUAUGUAGGAAUGGAGAAAGAGAUACGGGGGUUGAGAAGGCGACAUGCUGUGAAGGUGAUGGAGUCGUUUCUGAAGGAUGGUAAGAAGGGGAGGGGAAGCUGGAGAUAGAUCUAAAAGCAAAAUAGGGAGCCAUUCUGAUUUUCAUCCGGAGGAAGAGAGUCCAUCAAAUCCAUCAAAGUGGAUGUUUUUCGGGAAGAGCUUGUUCGAUGAGGAAGACGCCCAUGUUUAGGCUCGUCCAACUUGGUUUGUCAUAGAUCAAAUCUGUCCACCCGUGGACCACCAUGUUGUGCUCCUUGUACCUCCUCUCCAAUGGUAGCUUGAACUCCAUGUAAAGGGGAAGGGGUCUUCGAACAUAGUAUCUGCCAUAUUGAAGGCUUUAGGGGAAUAGCUGAUGGAGGGAUGGUUCUUAUUUGAAAGUCUUAUUCUCUGAAUUGGAACUCUCACUUAUCGAUUCACACCACCUAAGACAGGACUUGGGAUACUAUCAAUUCCAUAUGCACUAUCAGAGGGAGGGUGGUUGAGCUUGAUACUUCUUUUUGCUAUUGCAAGUGCAACAUUCUACACAGGGUUGCUGCUUAAAAGAUGCAUGGGUGUAGAUUCACAUAUCAAAACUUAUUCUGACAUUGGCGAGCGUGCAUUUGGUCACCAGGGAAGAAUGGUGAUCUCAAUUUUCAUGUAUCUGGAGUUGUAUUUGGUUGCAACAGGAUUCUUGAUUCUAGAAGGAGACAACUUACACAAUAUGUUUCCAGAAAUAUUAUUACAAGUUGCGGGAUUAAGAAUAAUUGGUGGAAGACAAAGUUUUGUUAUAAUCGUUGCCCUCAUAAUUUUGCCUUCAGUGUGGUUAGAAGACUUGAGCAUUCUUUCAUACAUCUCUGCCGGUGGGGUCUUGGCAUCAGCUAUUGUCAUUGGCUCUGUUGCCUGGGUCGGUGCAAUUGAUGGAGUAGGAUUUCAUGAAAAGGGAAGGCUUCUAAAUUUGAGUGGAAUCCCCACUGCUGUUAGUUUAUAUGCUUUCUGUUAUUGUGCACAUCCAAUGUUUCCUACCUUAUAUACUUCUAUGAGACACAAGCAUCAAUUCUCUAAGGUGAUGGUGCUCUGCUUUAUUCUCUCUACGAUUGGUUAUGCAUCAAUCGCUGUUUUGGGGUAUCUCAUGUAUGGAUCAAAUGUAGCAUCUCAAGUCACACUGAACCUACCAAACGAAAAGCUUAGCUCAAAGAUAGCAAUAUAUACCACUCUCCUCAAUCCCAUUACAAAAUAUGCAUUAGUGAUUACUCCUAUAAGGGAAGCUGUGGAGAAUUCUCUGCCAUAUGCUUACAAGAGCAGAUGCAUUAACCUCCUGGUAAGGACUAUGUUGUUGAUGAGCACCGCAAUUGUGGCCUUAAUGGUUCCAUUUUUCGGGUAUUUGAUGGCCCUGGUUGGAGCAUUUCUAAGUGUCACAGCUUCAAUUAUACUGCCAUGCUUGUGUUACCUAAAGAUAUCUGGCAAUUAUCGGAGAUGGGGGUAUGAGUUUGUCUUUAUAAUGGGGAUUAUAUUAAUUGGUCUGUUAGUUGUAGUCGUAGGUACUUACACAUCUCUAAAACAAAUAAUAGGCCAUUUAUAAAUUUAUUAGUAGAGAUGUUUUGACAAUACUUGUUAUGCACUCCUCCAUAUUCAAUUUGUCCAACAAGUAUGAAGAUAUUGCCAAGAA